ACCUUCCUUGAUCCACACAUACUUCAUCAUUCUUCCUAGUUCAGUUGCAGGACACAUUGACACUAGAUCGAUGCCAGUGCAGGUUAUCUGAGAGGGCUAAACAAGAGAGAUCGAUGCAGGUCUUCCCCUACAGGUGGAGGCUAAUAUGGAAUGACUGGGAUCUCCGGUCAUUUAUCUUGAUCAGCUUGAGCUUGCAGAUCAUCCUCAUCUUCUCCGGGAGCCUCAGGAAGCGCGUCGUCUCCAGCUGGAUCAGCCUCAUUCUCUGGUCCGCCUACCUGCUCGCCGACUGGGUCGCCACCUUCGCCCUCGGCAUCCUCUCAAAUACCCAAACCGACUCUGGCUGCACCUCUUCCUCUCACACCCAGAACGACGACCUCCUCGCUUUCUGGUCGCCUUUCCUUCUACUACACCUCGGCGGUCCUGAUACCAUCACGGCUUUCUCCCUCGAGGAUAAUGAGCUGUGGCUGAGGCACUUGCUGGGACUCGUGUUUCAGGUUGCUGUGGCUUUCUACGUCUUCGUUGGUUCCUUGCCGCAAACCAGGCUCAAGUCCCCAGCGGCCAUGAUGUUUCUCGCCGGGAUUCUCAAGUACGGCGAGAGGUCAUGGUCCCUCAUGUGUGCGAGCAUGGACUGCUUGCGAAACUCCAUGGUCACGCCCCCCGACCCCGGCCCCAACUACGCCAAGUUCAUGGAGGACUAUGCGGCGAUGUCCGCCGCCGGACUAAGAACGGAGAUUGAGAUGAAGAAAGAGCCAGAAUCGAGACCGCGGUCAUUGGAUACAUUGGUGGAGGAGAUCCGCACAGUCACGAUGGUGACGAAAGCUCAUCAGUUCUUCCACACUUUCAAGCGCCUUAUCGUCGACCUCAUCCUCAGCUUCCACGAUCGAAACGAGAGCCAGUCCUUCUUUCUCAAGCGCUCUCCCAUCCAGGCUUUCAAGGUGAUCGAGAUCGAGCUCUCCUUCGUGUACGAGAUGCUUUACACCAAGUCCACCGUCCUUCAUACUGUUGCUGGCCCUGUCCUUCGUUUCACCAGUUUCUUCUUCAUUCUCACUGCUCUUCUGCUUUUCUUGUUCACCGAAAAGCACGGAUACAAAGAGAUCGACAUUAUAAUUACUUACACGCUCUUAGCAGGAGCUCUUGCUCUCGAGAUCUAUUCUGUUGGUCUGUUGAUAUUCUCGGAUUGGGCCUCUCUCAGGCUGAAAGAUCUCGGAUAUCCCCGACUUUCCAACAUGGUCUCUGCCAUAAACUCUUUCUUCCGGCCACCCAACAAGCCCAGAUGGUCUAAUUCCAUGGCGCAGCAUAAUCUCAUUAGCUUCUGCCUCCAACACCGUCCAUCCCCAUUUAACAGAUUCCUCCACUUCCUCACGGUAAAAGAAGCAUGGGACAGGUACUGGCAUACCAGCUAUUGCCCUGUUACCGACGAACUGAAAGAAUUCGUCUUCGAGGACCUCAAGAACAAAUCCAUCGGCGCAGAUGAUUCCAAAGGCUACAAGCGUUUCAGCACCUGCAGAGGUAGAUGGGCUCUGCAGCAGAAGGGGCAUCUGAAGGAACUUGGCUGGAGCGUGGAGGUGGAAUUCGACGAAAGCAUUCUGUUGUGGCACAUUGCCACUGAUCUCUGCUUUUACUCCGACGACACCAACCAGUCGACGGAUACGCUUUCUCACCGAAGGAUCAGCAAGCGUGCGUCGGACUACAUGCUGUACCUUCUCGUCGUGCGGCCUUUCAUGCUGACCGCUGGGAUUGGACAGAUCAGGUACGGGGACACCUGCGCGGAGGCCAAGAACUUCUUCUCGCGUGGUGUGGAGACGCCAGAUCUGGAACAAGCCUGCGAGAUGCUUCUUUGCGUGGAGACCAAAGUCCCGCCUGUGCAGGUGAAAGGGGACCGAAGCAAAUCGGUGUUGUUCGAUGCCUGUAUGCUAGCAAAAGACUUGCUGGAGGUGGAGGAGCAAAGAAGAUGGAAGUUAGUGAGUGCAGUAUGGGUGGAGAUGCUAUGUUACGCCGCAAGCAAUUGCAGAGGGUACUUCCACGCGAAGCAGCUCAGCGCCGGUGGAGAGCUGCUCACGAUGGUGUGGUUUCUAAUGGCCCAUUUAGGAAUAGGGGAGCAGUAUCGGAUCGAAGAAGGGCAUGCAAGGGCCAAAUUGACGAUAGAGAAGUAAUUACGCUCUCCCACUACAGCUCUAUUCUAUCAUCGAGUAAAAUCUAUCAACAUGUAGUCGAUUGGAUUGAUGCAUGUAAUCCACCGAGAUGAUAUGUUGGAGUUAUCUGAAAAUAUAGUCAAAUAUGAUAUUUGAUUUGCA